CAACAUACAAGACAUGACUUCACGAUAACAUCAAUUGGAUCUGCAUUUCAUUCCACUCAUCGAAAUGGGCGCCAAUGUCAGUGCUGACCGUGAAGGCGUGCGUACACGGCCGCCCGCAAACCAUCCUGGCGCGGAUUCAGCGGCAGCGACUUGUCCCAUCGACCACAAGUCGCGAGAAGCGUGGCUACAGCAGGCUCGCGCAUCUGGACAGUCGGCGCCGCAUCCUCUUCCUACAUCACCAUCACCAAUACCCGCUGGCGAAAGCUGCGACUCUUCAAAGAUCGAUCAAACCCUUCAGUCACCCGGCCCUGUACGGUCACGACUUGGUCUCGGCACGCACAGAGAGGUCUCAAGUAUACCACGAGCUUUCCCAUCCGAGGCCGGCUCCCAUCCGGCAAACAGCGAGGUCGAAAGCGGUAAAGACGCAAAGAGCGGGAACUGGAUCUACCCGUCCGAACAGAUGUUCUUCGAGGCCAUGAAGCGCAAGAACUAUUCCCCCGAUGCGGCAGACAUGCACGCCAUCGUGCCGAUACACAACGCUGUGAACGAGCGCGCAUGGCAUGAGAUUCUAGCAUGGGAGAGAGGAUGGGGCGGCGAGAAAUGCGGUGGUCCGAAGCUUGUGUCGUUCAGCGGCCAAGCCACGGCUUUGACGCCAAAGGCGAGGAUCAACAGCCUGUUGGGCUACACGGCGCCGUUCGACAGGCACGACUGGGUUGUCGAUCGAUGCGGGACAAGGAUCGAGUACGUGAUAGAUUUUUACGCUGGAAAGGACGAGGGAAAGCCUGGCAAGAGCCUGAAUUUUUACCUGGAUGUUCGACCAAAGUUGAACACUUGGGAAGGUAUCAAGAUGAGAGCGGCCAGUGUCUUUGGAUUAUAGUAUGGUUGCAUGUUCUGCAUCGUGAUCAAUCGGUGGCACGAAUGCAGGCAUCUCCAUCUUGUAUUUGUAUACAUGUAAGAAUACUUUGGAUCUCUCCACCAUAGCUACCGCAAAAGGACAGCUAAAUUCAUUCGUAACAGCGAGCGCAUUUCUCGACGAACGUUCUGAUUGAGCAAACAUCCAAGUCUCGG